AUGUCCAUUAAACUGCAAAUAUAUUGGCCCUCGUCAUUUUCAUAUGAUAUAAAUAGAAAUGCCAAAAGUAAAGUAAUAGGUCUUUCUUUAUUAGCAGAUCAAUGUUUACACAUAUUUGUUGUUUUAUCCAUUAUACCCACCUCAAACUUUAAGGGAUUAAGAAAAAACAAUUAUGCACACUAUGAAAUGUUGGGAGAUAUUGAUGAAAAUUGUGAGUUUCAUUGCAAAAAUAAAAAAUAUGAAAUCAUUAUAUUUGCUAUUCCCAACAUGCGGCGAAUGCAAUUUUAUUCAUUAAGACCUAUAGAAUUAUCCGUCGAAAAAUCCUUUGCGAAUGGUAUUAAUAAUUCUGAAAUCCAAAAUAGGCAGUUUGACUGUGAGAAUUAUGCUAAGUUACAGUCACUUUGCCUGCAAUACAAUAAAAGGAAGGAUUUAGAUUUUCAAAAGAUUUUAAAUAAAUUGAAUUUAUAUGAAUUGCAGUUAAAAAUAUUUGAACAAGAAUACCAAGAAUAUAAAGCCCCAAAAAGAAAUGUUCUAAGAAAAAGAGUGGACAAGAACCACUUCCCACUCGAUGUUUUAUUAAUGGGUAUAUUAAUUUUCAUAAUAUUGGUGUUUUUGUUGCCUACUGUAUCGGCAUUUUAUUUAUCGUAUUCUGCAUUUGAAAUGUUUGUUAUUACAAUUGAAGUCUGGUUGGAAACCAUAGUCAUGUUGUUGAAUCAUUUCCCACUUUUCGUUUUGAUGUUGAAAAUUAAGGAACCAAGUAGGGUUCCUGGUGGAAUAUUGUUUAAAAUUAAUAAUAAAAGAACUAGCAACUUUUGUGAUUUAGAAUUGAAAAGCACUAGUUUAUCUGUAAGCUUAAUGUUUAAAAAUUUCUCUAAGUUGACCCACGAGUUAUCCAGUGAAUAUUUUUCCAUCAGGACUUUGAAAAACAUUAUAUCUGGCGAUAGAAUAUAUGUUAACAGAAACCAGUUAUACGUAAUGCUAUACUCUUCUUUGCCUCCAAAAGUAAUUGGUAUUAGCGAAUUAAGAAAAUUGUUGCGAGUAAGAGAGGCAAGUCGUGUAGACACAAAAUAUGAAUAA